GCCAUCCUCCAGGCUUCUCCGUCCACCACUCUUGUAAUAGGAAUUAAAGAGGGUUGGUUCGUCAUCCAAGCAGCUUAAGCGGAGAUGGCAAAGAAGAUUUCCACUAAAAAGUAUUUCAAAAGUUUGUUCUCCAGGAGUGAACCCAGCCUGGACGAGUCGACCGGGAAGAGUGCGGAGACAAAGCCAGGUGACAAAAAGAAGUUCAAGUUGCCAAAGUUGAACAUAAAGUCGAAGGGGAGCCCCUCGUCCUUGAAGGCAGCAAGUGAGAAGCAACAGGUGAUAAGUGCUGCCGAACCCAUCAACAGUCCAGUGGAUAUUCCUGGCUGGGCUGACAACUCGGACAACAUCCGAGAUGAUAUCUACGCCACCGCACCAAGGUCAAAGAUCAAAGAUUUCAGCUACUCUGAGACAGAUCUCAGUAAGCCCAAAAAGUUUGCCACCUUUUCCUUCGGCCUUCUCAAAAAGAGGAAAAAGAAGAAAGAAGACAAUAUAUCCAGGAGCACUUUUGGCCUCCAUAGCCCUGACGUCGAGGAGUAUGAUGAGAACCAUGACGACUUCAGUCAGGUGGAGGAGGAACAGGCCAGAAGAAAAGGAAUGCUCAGCAAGUCUCAGCCAGUGCUGGACACCAGUGAUUCCUUUGACAUCCCUUCUCCUCCCUCUAUCCAUUCAAACCUGUUACAAUCCUACUUUGCUGUCUCAAACCGGACCCCUGUCUCUCACACUGCAAAACUACAACCUCAGCAGCCCCUAACAAACGGCUCAGACCUUCUUCUUCAACCUAAUGCUCAGAAGGCACCAAUUGCAAACAUUCCUGAGCUGCAGCAAGUCGACAUAGUUCCUUCAGAGGAUACAAACAACAUUUCUGUGGAUGACAACCUAUCUGGAAGCAAUUAUACAUCAGUCCAUAAACCUGUACAGAUAAAUUCUGCUUCUCCAUUUGCAGAAACAGCCACAGAGCAGAACCAACCUCCAUUGGUUACCUUAGAUUGCGAAGAACUAAAGAGCAACUCAUUUGCUACAGACUUUGGGGAUCAUGAUUUUCUCCAACAGUCGAAUGCAAACACCAACGUAUCGAUCGCAGAACCCAUCAGUACUCCGCUAUCUUAUCAUGAAGUAAAUGCCACAGACGCACUUUAUGGUUCAACUCCAAAUAGUCAACCCUCCUUGGCUUCCAAUGACACGGAUGCCAAAUUGCUGCCUGACCCUGUUCCUUACACAGAAUCGAGAAUGGUUCAAGGAGAUGUCUUAUUCACUGACACUGAACAAUCUGUUCCUGACGUUGCAGAAAACGUUGCUAUCAAUGAAAAGACUGGCCUCCCUGUCAAUCGAGAUGCAGUUUAUGGAGCUUUGUAUGAGUCAUUGUUCCCACAGAGUUUCACCUCUGAAAUUAAGUCUUCUCUACCGACCGAUCACAUCGAAGUCACCCAUGAUACAAGAAAAGUUGUUGAAACCCACUCAUAUUUUCAGAACGAAAGAGAUGUUGUUUACUCCCGUCCAUUAACAUCGGAUCAUGCUUUCACUGUUCUCCAUGAGCCGCUCUCUCACCAGAGGACUUCUUCUUACAAUACCCCGACAGCCUCUGAGUUUCAAAUAAACACACAUAGCCCUCACAGCCAUCUAACUUCUAUUUCAUCCACCUAUUGUUAUUCUGAAGUAGUAGACAACAGUUCUGAUCCAGUGUACCAACAUGCAGGCAUCAAGUCAAAAAGCUUCACUCCUUUUGAAAACGCACUCAUUUCACUCCCAGUAGCUUCAAUCUCUGCCCCUCCUGUUCAUGAUGAAUUGACAUCCCAAGGGACAGACACUCAGGUUACGGACACCAUAGGGAAGGCCGUUCUCGUGAAAGAAGUAUUCUUCAACGAGAGGAGCACUGACUUUCCUCUUUCCUCGUUUAAGCAAAAUGACAUGAUCACAGCGACAGGUCUGAAGAUGGACACAGCAAAUGAAUCGAUUGCAUCUCCUCCUCCUGGACUCACGGAGGGUUAUGUUGUUCCGUGCAGCCCGUUGUAUCUGAGCGUAGGAUCAGAUGUUGGGAGUGCCGUGGACGUCUAUUACAGCGCUGAGGAGGACAACAUGGACAGUUUGGAUGAGCAGAAGUACGCCAUGGAUAAAAUAGAAAAACAAAUUUCUCUGGGCCCCUCAGAGGUCACCAAAUUUGAGAAGUUAUCACUGCAGGUGGAGGCAGGCAAGACAAUUGACAAUGUGGAGUUACAUCUUCCUAAAAUGGAGAUCGGGGGCAACAAGGAAAGGCAAGAAUUUCUUGAUCUCCAGAGUGAUCCGCAUCAUUUCCUAAGAAGCCAGAAGGAUGAAUGUGAAGUGCCAGAAACUGGUAGAACUGAGUUUUUUAAUGCUGAAGAUGAAAGUAUGGACGUGAUACAGGUUGCAGCCAAAGUACUGCCGCAGAUAAAAGAAGAAGAGUUACUAGCCACACCGGUUCUGCAGGUAAAAACACAGAAGGUAUGUGAGUUUGCUGCACCCUCCAGUAGCCCGCAGGGGGAGGAGACUCGUGGAAACUGGAUUGAGGUCUUUGAAACAGCAGACCACCUUAAUGGAGAGGAGCGACCCCCAAGGCAGGAUAGACAAUAUCUGCCAGAGAGAGAUACGCAAAGUGAAUAUGUACUUAAGACCCAUGCAAAAGAGGAAGACUUGAGGAUGCCUGAAUUUAGAGCGAAAGAGGAGAAACUUUCACCGCCGAUUACAGAAGAGAGCAUGGAAUGUGCAUACACCAACAGCAUCAAUGUCAAAAGUGCAGUCACACAAAACUCUGGUCUAGCAAACUUGGUCACGAGCACGUUGAUGCACAGCCAUGAGCUGCAAUCAGAAGCCGUUGCAACUGAACACAAUAGGGCUCCACGGGAGUGUGAGUGGGUGGAUACAAUUACUGAAAGCGCGGAUGGAAACAGAGCAGGGCAAGAACAGGUGGCAGUGGAGCUGUCAGAACUUAAAGUUAACACACACCUGCCGGAUAGGGAAGCUCCGGAGACACUCUUCAAGAGACACCAGCAUCCACCAGAAGCCCAGGCUGAUCUCAAACAGCGGUCCCUCACAGCAGCCUCAGAAGCCUUUAAUUCAGAAGAGUCCGUGACAAACGCUGACCAAGAAUCCAAUGACAAAAUGAAUUCAGGCUACAGCAGCCUGAGCACCACCCUUUCACCUCCAGAUAAUAUUGAGGAAUCGAGAUACAGAUUCCGUAAAGUAUCCCUGGUCCAUGAAACUGACACCACACCCAAGCAGGAUAUUGUGGACUUCAGAGCAGAGUCAAACGGAAGAACUCUUGGCACAGACUACAGCUGGCAAGAUUCAAUUGACAGCUCUUCCAGAUAUUCAUUUAAAACAGGGGAGCCGUUUGACACUCUGAGUUACAGACUGUCUGACACCUCCUCCAACAGCUACACCUCCUCUCUUCUCCCUGACGCCACGUCGUACAGCUACAGCAACAGCAAAUCUACAAGAGAGCUUGCCAGACAGCCAAAAGAUGAUUGGGGGAGGAGCUUUUUGGGACGGGAGGAGUCUGCUGCACCUGCAGAUGACACAGACGCAUCCUGUUUUACCGGAGUGUUUAAGGCCACGCUUGUGGAGCUCGAAGAUCCCGUGGCUCCUGUGUGCACGCCUCCGGCCUCCCCUGAAACAGACGCCUCCAACCAGUAUGACAUGGAAAACCUGGUGGAUACCCUAAAGAGCAUGGGGCCGGCGCUGAGGCCGAGGGGCAUUGGUCUGCGUGGACCACCUCCAGUCCUCCAUUCUGCUCUUCCCCCAAUUGUCGAGGAUGCCCCCAGCCCCGUCACCUCUGACGUCUCCAGUCCCACAAAGAAGAUGGAGUCUGGCACACCUGCUGAGGCCCUAAAUGGAAUUUACACUCUACCUCCUGAUCUGGGCCUGAAGAGAAAUUCCACCAGAGACACACGGUCACCACUGGAGUUAAUGAAGAAGGAGCAGCCUGCAACGAGAACCAUGCCCCUCAGAGCAUCCGCCACCAACAGUAUUGUCAUGAGGCAAUCCUCUGAUAUUUCCGAAGAUUCUAAUGGAAUCCCACCGCAACAGUCUUCAAGCUCUCGCCUGGACAACAGCGUCAUCUUCGGAAGUUACAGGUCUUCCUCUACGGAUCACAAACACGAAAACGGGAAGGUCCAUCAGCCAGUCUUCCGCACCAGCUCGCUACCAGAUAUGGGCUCUUCCAGUCUUCUGAAGGAGCUCAGUGAAGCCAGCACCACAACGGACUCACCAGGGUCUCGCUUUGAACGCGUAUCUUUCCUCUUGAGCUCCCCACCCUCGUCAAGCUUCUCAGCCGGCGCUGAUGAUGUCAGCAGUCGCAUGAGUCUACCCUCACUGCAAAGCAUCACUUCUUCACCACCCUCAAGCAGCAAUCCCACACGGCUCUUAAGUCCCACCAGUUCCUUAGAGCCUCACCGGUUGUUCUCCACCACAGAGUCCUCUGCAUCUAAGUUUGGUCAGACAGUGGGUCAGGGGAUAGGUACCAGUGCACUGAGUACCCCUGUUCUGCAGAGGAGCUUCAGUCAUGAUUCCAUCCCAGUGGGCAACCAAAAGAAUUUGCUGAGCCAAGGAAACCUGUCUAGAGGAUCUCAAAUCCAAAAACCUGAGCCAGAGAGGAAUGUAAAAUACAGAGCCUUCCCUGAUGCCUAUCUCACCAAAGAAAAGGAACACGGCAAGCUCAACCCUCGACCGGGCAAGAUGUACAUUUUUGACCGUCCGGGGAUGUGUGGCCAGAGGAUCGAGCUGCGUAGCGAUGUUGUUGAUGCUACAGUUUGGGAGCUGCAGGAGACCAUCUCCAUCAGAGUGGUCAGAGGAGGAUGGGUGUUGUAUGAGAAGCGCAACUUUAAAGGGGAGAAGAUCGCCCUGGAUGAGGGCGACAUAGAGCUCACUUGCCCGUUCCACCCCCCGGAGGAGCAGCAGGUGAACGGACAGAAGCAGCAGAAUGGGGAACAGAAUGAUGAAACCAGUGAGGAGCAGAAGGAACCGAAGCCAGCCAGGAAGUUCAUCAUUGGAUCUGUUCGAAGAGCUGUGAGGGACUACAGCGUCCCUGAAAUCAGUCUCUUCCCAGAGGAGAAUGCAGAAGGCAAGAAAGUGAUCUUCAGGGAUACAUCUGACGAUGCAAGGAUCUUUGGUUUUCCCAUCAAGGCUAACUCCAUCAUCAUUAAUGCCGGACUAUGGCUUGUAUUUGCAAAGCCCUUCUUUGAGGGCGUACCGCGUGUCUUGGAGGUCGGGGGGUAUUCCAAUCCUGCGGCAUGGGGAGUGGAACAGCCAUAUGUGGGGUCGUUGCAUCCCCUCAAAGUAGGUGAACCAAGGGUGGAAAAUAUCAGCGAACCAAAGAUCGAGAUCUACGAAAGGUCGUACUUCACUGGCAGAUCGAGGGUCAUCACCACUAACAUGAGGGAUUUUAUGACACGACUAGACAAGCAGCAGAGUGCCUUCAUGUACACUGCGGGCUCCCUCAAAGUACACGGAGGAAUCUGGGUGGGCUAUGAGAAGGAGGGAUUUAGGGGACACCAGUACUUGCUGGAGGAGGGAGAGUACCACGACUGGAGGGUGUGGGGAGGCUCCAACCCUGAGCUGCGCUCUGUUAGGGUCAUCCAAGCUGACCUGAGCGACCCCUUAAUGGUGAUGUUCGAGCAGCCGGAGGAAGAGGAGGGUGCAGGCACGCAAGAGGAGAACACCUUCGAGGUGAUGGAGGCCAUACCAGAUGUUGAGCUGUUUGGCUAUCGAACCAACAGCCGUUCCAUCCAAGUAUUCAGUGGGGCUUGGGUUGCCUACUCGCAUGUAGACUUCUCUGGUAACCAGUACAUCCUGGAGAAAGGCUACUACAGUAAUUGUGCCGACUGGGGUUCUCUGGACACCCGCAUCUGCUCCGUGCAGCCCAUUCUUCUGGCUCCAGCUGAUGGGAACAGGACCAGGAAAGAGAUACUAUUGUACUCUGAGCCGGACUACAAUGGCGACUGUCUUAUCUACAACCACAAACAGGAAGCAGAAACCGAAAAAUUCCAGACAAAGUCCUGCAGAGUUGUGGGAGGCAGCUGGGUUCUGUAUGAGAAUAAAGACUUCACCGGGACCAUGUAUGUCCUAUCGGAAGGAGGCUACACCACAUUAACUAGCAUGGGCUGCACGACAAGCACCUUCAUCCGCUCCGUCAAGGCUGUGCCAAUGACCUUCUCAGUCCCCUCAAUAUCAUUGUUUGGUCUUGAGGGUCUGGAAGGGAGGGAGGUCACCACAGACUCUGAACUCAUCAGCUUGGUUGGGGAAGGCUUCAACGAUCAAGUCCUGUCCGUCAGAGUUAACAGUGGCUGGUGGGUGCUAUGUGAAUACAGCAACUAUAGAGGGCGCCAAUUCCUUUUGGAGCCAAUUGAAAUUACCAACUGGCCCAAGUUCAGCUCUCUGCAGACAGUUGGCUCAAUGUAUCCAGUCAGACAGAAGCGGCACUUUUUCCGCAUCAAAAAUGCAGACAGCGGCCACUUCAUGUCCAUCCAGGGAGGGGUGGAGGAGAUGAAGUCUGGACGGGUGGUGGCCGCACCAGAAGUGGAGCCCAUGAGUGACAUCUGGUUCUAUCAGGAUGGAUUUAUCAAGAAUAAAAUGUCGCCAACAAUGAGCCUCCAGGUGAUGGGCACUAUCGAACCAGGAGCCAAGUUGGUUUUGUGGAACGAGACCCGGCAGCCUGCUCAGACUUGGGUGGCCCAGAUGAGAGGAUUAAUCACCAGCAUUACUUUCCGUGGCAUGGUCAUCGAUGUGAAAGGUGGAAAAUCCUACGACAAGGACCAUGUUGUGAUUAUGCCGGAGGGUGAGAGGCAAAGCCAAAAUUGGGAGAUUGUUCUGCUGAAAUAAAACCCUCUCAAAUAUGUCGCUCAUUUGUAUCACUAUCAGUAUCACGAUAUUAUCUGAUCUUAUCAUGUGGAACCAGGAGCCAUCACUGGCAACUUAAACAUUUAAUCAAUGUGAAAAUCCAUCACUGAUUUUAUUUAUAAAGUAAGCGUCAUGUGUGAGGACAAACCCUGGAACUCCUCCCAAGCGAUAUACUGUAUUUCUUAUGGUAUAUAUGUAUUAUAUAUUGACAUGCAGAAUUUAUUUACAACCCGAACAUUUGCUCAAUCAGACUCAACCAUUUGACUUACUUUGAUGCUUGCAGUUUACAAAUCAUACACUGUUCAAGUUUACAACAGUGGAUGAAUAAAGCCAAGGAAUGUACGGUAUGCAAAAACAAAGUUUAAGCUAUUUUUAUACGUAUAUAUAUUAUGUAUUGUAUGUUUUAUGGUGUUGCUCUUCUCAUUGCAGUAUAUUGUAUGGGAUGUGUAAGUCCAGUUUCUAUCACUGUUAAAUAAAAAAAAGAAGAUAUAUUAAAUAUAUAAAUCUAUAAACAGAUUGUAUGUUAUUCUUUAAUAUGAAAUAAAUAAUGUAUGUAAGAGGGUGUGGUUUUAAAAAUGCCUAAUAAAAAAAAA